GUAAGGUGGCAGUUGUUUGGGAGGUUGCCGAGGGCCGCCCUUUGAGGUCGUGCUUGGCCGAGCUUUCUUCUACAGCACGUUUGAAGGCAGCUGGGCAUUUGGCUAACCUUGCGGAGAAUGGGCCACCCAGCAUGGUCACAUUCUCUGGGAUUUUCACCAAUGACAUCCUCGUGACUCCAGACG